AAAAUCCUAAUUUUUAAAGGAAGGAUUUAGAAGAACGUCAGCUUUUUAUAUCCAAAAAGAAACUCAACAGGAUGCAGAACGUCAUAAACACAGUGAAAGGAACGGCUCUCGGAGUUGCUGAGUUUCUCACUCCAGUGUUGAAGGAAUCGAAGUUCAAAGAAACUGGAGUCAUUACCCCAGAGGAGUUUGUAGCAGCUGGAGAUCACCUGGUUCAUCACUGUCCUACAUGGAAAUGGGCCACCGGGGAAGAGGUCAAGGUGAAGCCGUACUUGCCCCAGGAUAAACAGUUUCUCUUGACACGCAAUGUUCCCUGUUACAAGCGUUGUAAACAGAUGGAGUAUUCAGAUGAGCUGGAAGCCAUCAUAGAAGAGGAUGAUGGAGAUGGGGGCUGGGUGGACACUUACCACAACACAGGAGUGUUAGGAGUCACAGAUGCUGUAAGAGAAAUUUCACUGGACAAUAAUAAGGACAAGAAUAUGAAUGCUAAUUCUGCAGCAUGUUGUGAUGAUGAUGAUGAUGAAGACGAUGAUGAAGAUGGAGAAGCAGCAGAUAUGGAAGAGUAUGAGGAAAGUGGCCUGUUGGAAACAGAUGAGGCUACCCUGGACACCAGUAAAAUGGUAGAAACUAAAGCCAAAGCAGAGUCUGGAAGUGAGGAUGCCAUUCUUCAGACUAGAACAUAUGACCUGUACAUCACAUAUGAUAAAUACUACCAGACCCCUCGACUCUGGCUUUUUGGAUAUGAUGAAGACAGGCGACCGCUGACUGUAGAGCAAAUGUAUGAGGACAUCAGCCAGGACCACGUGAAGAAGACUGUCACCAUUGAGAACCACCCACACCUUCCUCCACCUGCUAUGUGCUCUGUCCACCCCUGCAGACACGCUGAAGUGAUGAAAAAGAUCAUUGAGACUGUGGCAGAAGGGGGAGGAGAGCUGGGAGUGCACAUGUAUCUUCUGAUUUUCCUCAAAUUCGUCCAGGCUGUCAUUCCCACAAUAGAAUAUGACUACACAAGACACUUCACCAUGUAGCUUCAUAAAUCCGCCUCUGCUAAUGCAACAUGUGUACAUGGGAAAAGACCAGCUUUUCUGCCUCUGUGUUAAGAUUAUAUCUGAUCUGGUCCGUUCUGAAUAUAACCGGUUUGUGGAGUGUUUGCAUUACUCUGAGACGCUUUGUAUUUGUGCAGGACUUGGGCAAUGUUGGAGGUAUGUGACAAAACUGUUAAUGGAACAGUGUGAUGUGUUGGGAAACAGGGAAACAGAUUUGUUUUUCAUGAAACCCAGAGUCAGAGAAGAUCAGUAUCAGUUGAACCUGUAUGAUUCCAGUACAGAGAUGGAUGUAGUCUGUCUAACUGCUGCGAGCUUAGCUAUGGUAUGGAAAACACAGGUUUCAUUGAACUCACAGCAGUCUUAUUUUAUUUCACCUGUGGAAACUAGAAAUAUAGAAACAACACACUUGGGUAUAUUUGUAUCUAGCUUGCUAGCUAAUACUUGUUUUGCGUUGUUUUUUUGUUUUUCCACUUGUGCUUCCAGUGUUUAUGCUAAGCUAUCUCUGUACUAGACAUACAGCAGUUGAAACUGAUAUCUGUCUUUUCAUCCGACUAAAAGGCAUUGAUUUGUCUCUAAAGUUGCACUGUUCCUCUAAUUGUUUCUCUGCAGGUUAAAGUUGUGACCACAAUGUGGUGAGAUCUGACUAUGGUCUUGUUAAGAUAAAAUUAAAUGCUGUCACUCACCCCAUUCCACAUUGCUUCGCUGCUUCAAAUCUAAUAGUUUCUGUCAGAAAAUAAAUUAAACCUCAUUUUGCAAGGUUGUCUGCUCCUCAAAUUAGUAAGAAUUAGAAAACAGCCCUUCCCUCAGUAUCAGACUCAGAAAUCAAAGCUCCACUAAGUGAUUUUUUGCCACUUUGUAAAGUUGUUACGGCUAACACGUUCCAACACUUACAGAGCAAUAUUAGUGUUAAUUUUUUGGUUUGCUCCUGUUGAAUGUAUGUUCAUUUUCUUUCAGCUUUGCUUCUGGUCUUCUGCCAGUUUGUGAGAUAAAUAUCUGGCUAUUUAGCUGAUAAAUUCACCAUUGUGUUCACCAGGCAGUCUCUAACUUGCUCGGUCUGCUGUUUAGCACAUUAUUUUUUAUCCAACUUCAAGUAAUAUUUCAAAGAAAAUAUUCCGUCAAUGUGGAUUUUGACUUGGAUAGCUAUUGAUGAGAAAUGUAUGGUUCCUUUCUAACAUCACUUAAUCUGUAUCUGACAACAGUUUCCAGAUUAUUAGUACCGGUAAUACUGAUCCCAUGCCUGAAAUGCAAUGUUUGCUUCCAUUCUAAUGCUCUUUGCAGGAGUAAUGGCUAAACCUCAUUAUUUUAAAUCAUCUAUGUAUGCCAGUUUUGUCUUAAUACUUUGUUCUCUGAAUGUGUUGGUGGCCAGGCCCUUUCAUUUAUUGAUGGUUCAUGUGGUUAGCUUAUAGUUUUUGUCUUUAAUUUCAAUUUUUUUUUUUUACAAUUUUAACUCCUUUGCAAUUUACGUCGGAGCCAUUAGACUUCCCGUUUUGUGUAAAAGCUAAGGUUGGCUGUGACCUCACUUGUGCAGCAUUUUUGAAAAAGAACUUGAGCAUUAUUUUAUUGUGACGAGCCGUUCAGUGUACUUCAGUGAACCUUUCAAAGAUUUUCUGGUCUAUUUUGUUUCCAACACUCUGAAUUAUAAAUUGUAUUUGGCUUAUUACAGUAACAUGUUUCUGACAGUACUUUAGCAACUUAAUGAAGCGUCUGCUUUAGUAAUCCUUGCUCAACCUUGUUGUCUGUUGGCCGGAUAAAAUUUUCACUCUGUACUGCCUGUUGGUCCAUUAUCCUGAUGUAACUUGCUCAGUGGUAAGACUUGAACAUUUUAAAGUAGUGUACAUUUACCAAUAAAGAGUUUCCCCAAACAUUGCAAACUG